AUGAUAUUUUUAAAACCCAAUUCAAUUUUAUUAAUAAUAUUAUUUAUUUCACCUUUAUUAACAUAUGCAUUAUGGCCUAUUCCUCAAAUUUGGUCAAAAGGGGGUCAGGUUCUUAAGGUUUAUCCAAGCUUAUCAAUUGAAUUUAAAUUUUUAGAUGAAUUGAACAAUCAAACUAAAAAUAUUUAUGGUGCAAUGCAUGCUCUCACAACUUUCUCUCAAUUGAUUUAUGAUGUUAAAGACGAUGAUGAAAAUAAAUCUAUUGCGUAUAUUCCUUUUGCACCACACGAAAUUAAAGAUUAUCCCAAGUAUAAACAUCGUGGAUUAUUAUUAGACACUUCAAGAAAUUAUUACCCUGUUAAAGAUAUCUUGAAAAUUAUAGAAACAAUGAGUUGGAAUAAAUUUAAUGUAUUUCAUUGGCAUAUAGUUGAUGCUACUAGUUGGCCUUAUGUUAGUAAAGAGUUUCCCGAAUUAAGUGAAAAAGGGGCUUAUGAUUCAAAAACAAUGAUUUACACAAAUCAAGAUAUAAAAAACAUUAUUAAUUUUGGACAAAAGAGAGGUGUUCGAAUCAUUCCUGAAUUUGAUAUGCCUGGUCAUACCUUUUCUAUUUCUUAUAGUAAACCAGAAUUAAUUGUGUGUCCAAAUAAGCAGCCAGAUUGGGAUUUGUAUUCAGCAAGCCCUCCAAGUGGUCAAUUGAACCCAGUCUUACCAGAAACCUAUCAAUUUGUUGAGAAGUUAGUUACUGAAAUCACUUCAUUAUUUACUGACAAAUUUUAUCAUUCUGGUGGAGAUGAAAUAAAUAUUAAUUGUUGGACGAGUGAUGAGUCAAUAAGUGAUUAUAUUGCUAAUAACCCUGGCACAACCGGCGAUACACUGAUCGAGAAAUUUUACCAUGAAUUACAUAAUGUAGUUAGAAAACAAGGGAAAACUCCAAUGAUUUGGGAAGAAGCAAUUGUUAAUCAUAAAUUGAAAUUACCUUCUGAUGUUGUGGUACAAGUUUGGACAAAUGCAAAACAUGUUAAGGAAGUUGUUAAUCAAGGUUAUAGAGUUGUGACUGGUAGUAGUGAUUAUUGGUAUUUGGAUUGUGGUCAUGGUGCAUGGGGAUUAACACCUGAGGAAUCAAAAUUUGUUAUCGGAGGUGAGGUGUUAUUAUGGUCCGAGCAAUCGGAUUCAAUGAACUAUGAAAGUUACUUAUGGCCAAGAUCAUCCUCGGCUGCUGAAGUUCUCUGGUCGGGUAAUUUUGACAUGAAUGGACAAGCCCGUGAUCUUAAAGAUGCAUUACCAAGAUUAAAUGAUUGGAGAUUUAGAAUGGUUUUACGUGGUACUAGGGCCGAUCCAUUACAACCACUUUGGUGUGUUAGAACUAAUCAAUGUAAUCUGGCACCUAAAUCUUUGCAAUGA